AUGGCUCGCACCAAGCGCGAAGCCCGCCGAGCGCCCAACUCCAUCGGCGAAGCCCACCGCGACAUCGCGGCCUACUACGCGGGGCUUGUCCAGGACAAGAACACGCCCGCCCGUCGCCAUGCACUCGCGUACUCCUCGCUGCCUGAGGAGACGCCCAUUCCCGUCGGUUUUACUAGCCAGAUCAUUGAGGAAGCGCAGAAGCCACAGUGGAAGCGCGACCUAGGAAAGGCCAACCGUAUCAUCGCGGCGUACCUUGACAAGAAGAAGCCCACACGGGAUGACCAGGAUGACCUGGACUGGGCGAAGGCCAUCUGCGCCAAGAGAGAGCAAGAACAGCUCGCCCAGGCGCAGGCAACUGAGGCAAAGAAGCAGCAGUGGGUCUUAGACGGACAACGUCGUCACCAGGGCAUCUUGUCCGCUGGCGGCGACCCUGUCUGGACUAGACGUCAUCUGCAAAGGGCAUUCUUGGGCUACGGCGACAAGUCGGAUUCCGACUCUGACAGCAGCUUGAGUGACCUUGAGCGUGACCCCGCCACCAUCAACCCGGAUCGUAUUCCGGAAGAGGGUCCUGUCGCGGGCAAACAGCCUGCUGCCGGUGCUACGUCGACUCCCCCUCCUGAGGUGGUCGAAGAAGAGGCCAAGGCCAAGAUCACCGACGCCAUCUCGUCCCUCACGUUCGAGAAGGGAUCAGACUGCCCCCUGUGGAUCGGCCACCUCGAAAAGCCGCUCCCACACCCCUCUCUGACCCCCCUUCAGAACGAACACGUUCUGAAGCGUCUCUACGACGACGAGAUUGCUCGCCUGAGCGCUCUCCGUGAUACCCGUGGCCCUCCCGCCGGACACCCUCCGGGUGGAGAAUGGAUGUAUACAUCCUUGUAUGGUGAGACGAAGCAGGUGAAGGAGGAGUCGGCUGGAGCACACCGGGCUGCUGCGAGAGGCUGGUGGACGUACAGUGUAGAUGGCGAGGAUUUGGAGGAGGUUUGGGAGAAGUGGCCGGUUGGCCUUGAUGGAAAGCCGGUGGGCUGGAGGAAGGUGAACUGGAAGGAUGGGACGGUGGGGUCUUCUCUGGUGAGGAACUGGUUGGAGAGGGAGUUGUGGGCGUUGCCCGAGGAGGAUGCGAUGGAAGGAGUUGAGUUUGAGUAG